AUGGAUUCCGCAUCCGAUGCCAAUGUCGACAGCUCUCAAAAUUCCCAAUCCGAUCCGGAAACUAUGCCCCUGCUGCCCUGUCAAAAGAAAUACAAAUUACGUCCCGAGGAUGAAAUUAGCCUCGACAGCAUUUUCUCCUCUCUAAUAACCAAAGUUCAACCCUCCUCCGAAGAAUUUCGUAGUCUCGAAUGGAAUCUGAGUGCCAAAGAUUUUCACAAUGAAAAACAAUCGAUGUUGUUCGAAGAGAAAUUAUAUAUUUCCCAAUUGCAGGAUGGUGAUUGUAAGCUCAACGAAGAGGUUCAUAUUUUUAUGGAACGUGAGCUGCAGGAAGUGGGAGAACUUCGCAUUCGGGUUGAAGAAAGUUAUGAUGGUUAUGUGAUCUAUGCGAAAAGUAAUAUGGUCAAAGAUAAGGGGAAAUUCUCCUCAGGCCAUUGGACCCGAGGGAAGUAUGGAGAGAAAUUUCAGCUGAUUUGUGAAAAACGAACGGAAUACGAUUAUGUGGAUAAUUCAAGGAUUGAACGCACCUUAGAUGCCCGUAUCAUUGAUAACAAUUUGAUUGCCAAGCGAGAGACAAAAAUCAACAGGGAGAUUCAACGUUUUAAGGCUGUCAUAAAUGUCAAGGAUCGGAAUGAUGUCUUCGUGUUGGAUGGUGGCGUUACACUUCUAAUGCGCCAUCUAAUCCUAAAUAAUUUUCGUGGAGAUUUUCAAUACUUUACAAUGAAUUUAUUUGGAAAAAUCCUCCGCUGCCAACUGACCAUUAAUGAGCAACGCAAACGAAUCCGCCUAUUCCACCGAACUUUCAACAACAUCAUCCAUGUCGUAACCACCCAAUAUUUCAAUGAUUAUCCUCAAGAAGUUGCGGAGACGUUCUUCACAGCGAAUGGUAAAAUAGUUCUACACUUUUGGCAUGGCUUUCGUUAUGUCCUGCACGAGACCAAAGGCUAUGUGGAGAAGCGGGAACGUAUCGUUCCAAAAUUGGAAAUAAUGUGGCGUAGUCAAAAUCAACUAUUGGAUCAAUAUCGCCUCCGAACCCAACUCACUUAUGACAAUGCAAUGGCCUAUUUCGAGAAACACUCUGAAUUGUCGGAUUUCCUUAUGGACUUCGUUCAGAAUGUCAUUCAAUAUAAACCGGACAAUAUAUUGGAAUUUGCGGUGAGGUUUUUUCAAAAGUUUCGCAAGCCAACAGAGGUUGCCUAG